GUUCCCAGCUGUCCUCUACAUGUGAUUUGACUGAUCUGGUCUGAAGUGGGAAGCCUUUGAGAUACUGGGAGGAUUAUCUCCAGUGUUUUCUGCAUCUUACUUCAAACAACGGUAUCAUUUGGAGUCUGGGGAAAAGAUGGUGAUCAAAGGUCACUCAGCCUCUCUGGCACUGCUGUUGUCAGUCACCAUCGGUGUUGCAGAUGCCAUUCGAUCUUUAAAAGAUGGACCCAUGAUCGACACUGAAGGGAGAGAGUAUAAAUCUGCGUUAAGAACUGAUGCGGGAAACAUCAGAGGACAGCAACUCAAUGACAAACCCACCGUCCGUGUGCAGUGCACAGAAACGUCCAUGAUCGUUGCCGUGAAGGCUGACCUGUAUAAAAAUGGGCGUCUUGUGUCUCCUGGUGAGCUUUUUUUGGGAGAAGCCAGGCCCUCUCAGAACAGUCAGUGCCAAGCUGUUGCUGCUGGUGACACUGAAUAUGUCAUUGAAGCUGGGCUGCAGGACUGUGGCACCAAAUUAACUGUAUCUGGGGACUCUGUGAUCUACUCAAACCAGCUGGUAAUCUCACCAGCUGCCAGUUACCACGGCAUUACAAGGAUGACCCAUACUGUAGUUCCUGUUUCCUGUCACUAUAAAAGGACACACUUUGUGAGCAGUAGCACUCAGUCGUUGUCCAUGAGCCUCUCUGCUCCUGCAAAGGCGCGCCCUGCCUUCUCCCUAAAGCUGAUGACCGAUGACUGGACAAGCGAGACUUUCUCCAAUAUGUUCUACCUCGGAGACCUCCUGCACCUCGAGGCGUCCUACACUGGUCCUGAUUCAGUCCAAAGACGACUGUUCAUCGACAGCUGUGUUGCCACUCUGUCGCCUGACACGACAUCAGUCCCCAGAUACUACUUCAUUGAAAACAAUGGGUGCCUGAUUGAUGCAAAAGAUGGAGGGUUUAACACUCAGUUCCAACCCAGAACGAGGAACUACUCGCUUCAGCUGCGGCUUAAUGCAUUCCUGUUUCACCAUGAUACGAGGAACUCAAUAUUCAUCACUUGCCAUCUGAAAGCUACUUCUAAAAUGCAGAGGAGCAGCCCCAUCAACAAGGCCUGCAAUUAUGUACAGUCAAGGUGGCAAAAUGUGGAUGGGGGUGAUGAUGUGUGUCGAUGUUGUGAUAGCACCUGUAACAAAAGUUCUCUGAAAUGGUACAAUAAGACAAAUCUGAGACGUCUGAUCCCUGAAGAUGACAUGGCUUGUGGCAAUGCAACUAUUGGCCCUCUGAUGAUCUUCACCAGAAAAUAGGCAAAGAAUGAAAUAAAUAAAGGGUCAAUAUUUCAAUGGCUUUUUAAUUUUGUUGGUAUGGCAACAUUAAAAUCAACCAAAGGU